AACAUUAAUCACGCAACCAGCCAUCAACAUAGGGUCCUGAAGAGAGCUCAAGCAUGGGCUGCUCUAAAAUGUGUAAUCAACAUAUAGUCAGUAAAAACGAGAGCUAUACGAAUGGAUGGGGCGCAAUCCAGUUAAACGCGGUAAACUGCACGUGUCUGCGAAGGAAAACUGUGAGCUCGAUCUAAUGACGGCACAACGUCUCUUCGCGCAUGUCGAUUACUGACCGAAAUCAACGAUUCACGAUUAAUCGUGACGGAUUCGCUGCAUCCAAAAAGGGGGAAAAGGAAGAGGGAAUCGUUACACCCCAUGACAGAGCUAAUGCCACUCGAUUCAUUUCGUCGUCGAUGGUGUUGCCAGAGAAAUGCAUAACCCGAGUCGUCUAUGGGUGGCUAGAACCAUGAAGUUAGACGGGUAAAACCACGGGUUGCCAUAAACGGACCGAAAACAAUGAUUGGACAAACAAUUUUUGGUCCUGUGACUUCGACAGAUCAUGUACGUUAUUUUAGACCAUUUCUAUUGCUAUCAUCAUGAUGUGAUGAGAAGAGAACUUGAAAUGAACAUGAAAAUGCCUAACUUUAAGUUAGUCCAACAUAAGAAAUGACCACAUUAUUUUAAAUUUUAAUCGUGUUUAAUAGACUUUAAAUAGUGUAAACCGAUGGGCCUAGAGUUUAUUUACUUUCCCCUCAGGCCUACUUGCAAACUAACUUUUCCACAGUGCAUUUUGUGAUGGUAUGUAGCCGCUUUUAUUCGGGCAGCAGCUUCCUACAGAGGGUUCAUGUACUCUCAACCGGAAGUGAUUCAUUCUCCGUCUCAGUGUUGUCGUUGCGUGGCCAAUCAAUGGCGGACGGAGCCUGUGCGUUUGUCUGCUCAGAUCUGCGCCCGUCAGCAUGGAUGUGAAUUUGACCAUCUCUCUGAUGCGGGGCCAAAUGGGCGCUGUCAUAGAGAAAGCCGUGAACGUCGCGGUGGAGACUGUGUUAGGAGAGAUGAUCCGGGUGGUCGGGCUCAAAUUUGAGGAGAUUAAACGGGAGAUGACUGCUAAAGAGAAGGAGAAUGAGAACAUCCGGAGAAUGUUGGAGACGUCCCGCUGUCAGAUGAAAACAAUGCGCAAGUACAUUAGCGUCCUGGCUGCUAAAGACGCUAACCAUAGACUGUAUCAGGGAGAUGGUGACAUGGUGUUUUCCACAGGGAUGCACUGCAGAAGAGUCCAGACGAGCACUGUGUCAGUGUGUACCAAAGCCCCAAACCCCUUUCCAAGACCGAGAGUCACUGAACCUGCCCCUGUAGCUGGUCCCUCAUGGGUGAGACAUCAGAUGAACAUGCCCAAAGAAACCUUAAGAAAUGAGAAUAACAUUACUGAUUUCCACAUUGAAGAGAUCCAUGGAUCAUCAGUUAAUAAAGUUGAUAACUCAAGCCCUCACCUGGUGGACAAUCAGGGGCUUCUGUCAGAGACCAGUGAUCCAAUAUGGGGUCAAACCCCUCUGGCCCCUGCAGAGACUGGGCACACAGACAUGCCUGACAACAGCGUCCUCUCUGCACCCAUGAUGGCAGACCCAAGCAUGACAUCCCAGACCACAAGCACAAGUACAGUGGCCUUUGGAGCACCAUCGCUGAAGAUCAAACAGGAGGAGGCAGAGGUUGAAAUUGUCUGUGUGAAGGAUGAACCUGCAGAAGCUGGCAACAUGUCUAGGCUUGAAUAUUCCAACCCUGAACUGCAACAUCAAGUGGGGGAACCAGAGCUUGGGCUCUCACUAGAUCUACCUGCAUCGUUUCAAGCUCUUCAGAGUCCAGGCACUUCAGCAGACCUUGCAAUCUCAGCAUUCAACAUGGACCCAACCACCUAUGACGACUCUCAGCUGUGUGUGGGAGGGGUCCAAAAGCAGGUGCGUCCGAGACGUAAGGACCUUAACCUGUAUGAAGAGUACAAACGCAGCAGAACUCUGAGUCUAAGAGGCCGGAACACAAACCGAGGGAUUGGUACAAACCGACGGCGUGAGCUGGAGCAGACUCUACCCCAGGCUCUGCUUGCAGACCUGGUAAGAGAAAGAAGAGAAAAGACUCGUCUUCGAGUGGCCCGCUGGCGUGCCAAACGCAAACUACAAGCCUGUUUGAUGGCCUCCCAGGCUGCGCAGUUUAACGGCGUUCCAGUGCAGAGUUCACCUGCCCAGCGGGGCGGCCUGAUCUCCUCCCGCAGGCGAGGCGGGGUGACUGCGCAGCGAGGUGGUUUUGGAUUGAGAAGGGGACUGUCCGAUGCUGGGACAUAUAACCUGCUGCUGCAGUUCGGGCCCAGUCCUACCCAAUCAGCACCAGCACAUGGCAUCAAUGAGGGUAUGAUGCCCUCAGCGCUAUCACAGAACAGACCAACUUACCAAUGAUGCAGGGUUUACUUGCUGGCUGAAACUCACACUAAGUAAUGGUGGAACUUGAGAAAAAGUUGUCAAAUGGUUAAUGAAGUUCCUAAAAAACUUGCAAACCGUUACCCCGUACUGAUCUGUGCAAACAAACCUCAAAAUAGUUCAACUUUUGGGUUUGCAAACUCAACCAACAAUUCUACCUAAUUCGAUUACAUUAAGCAUAUAACAACAGUGGCUGUAAAAUAAAAUAUAUUCUACAAUAAAAAAAAAAAAA